UACAGUAUGAACCAGCCACGCCGGGACUUGCCGGAUUUCAGCGAGUGUAGGCUUGUGUAUAGCAAGGGAAGGCGCCGUAUAGAACGUCAAGCUCACCGUUUCCCUCGACGUAUCCGACUUCAUCAACAUGGGCCGCGUCCGCACCAAGACCACCAAGAGGGCUUCUCGCGUUCUCAUCGAGAAAUAUUACCCCCGCCUUACCCUCGACUUCCACACCAACAAGCGGAUCAUCGAUGAAGUCGCCGAGGUCCCCUCAAAACGCCUCCGCAAUAAGAUUGCGGGCUUUACGACCCACUUGAUGAAGCGUAUCCAGCGCGGCCCCGUCCGCGGUAUCUCCUUCAAGCUCCAGGAAGAGGAGCGUGAGCGCAAGGACCAAUACGUUCCCGAAGUGUCUGCCCUCGACACCCAGGGUGCACCCUUGGAGGUCGACAGCGACACCAAGGAUCUCCUGCACGCCCUCAACUUCGACUCCAUCCAAACUACUGUUGUCAACGUCCCCCUUGGUACCGCCCCCGAGCGUGCGCCCCGGCAGAGACGUGCCGUCCCUGGUGCUGGUCGGGCUUGAGUUGGUCGGGAUUGAUGUGUGGUGUCAGUAUGUCGUAUGGUCAUGCUAUGAUUGCUCUACCGCUUGUAAAACACUUAGGAUUCAUAUAAUCCUAUAUGCAUACAGCCCGCUGGGAUGCCAUGGGCGGCAGGUCGUCCUUGAGACAUCGACUGCCCACAUGAUGCCUUGCAGUCACGGCGGCUGUUGACGUUCCAUGAGAUCUCCCUGUGAUCUGAAUUGCGAC